AGUUAGUCUUGUCCAUUGUAUUCAUUGUAAUUCAUCAUCACCAUGGCCAAAGAUGCUGUUUGGAUAAUUGUCACCAUACCAAAGAAAGAAUAUGAAAAGAUCUUAAAUGAGAAAAAUUAUCACAAAAAAAGUAAAUAUGAAGGAAUGUUACAGAUCAAGAGCUUCCCAGAUGAAGAGCCAAUGGAAAAGCAAUUGGAAACUAGUCUUCAAUCAUUGGGCAUCGAAAGUCCAUCAUGGAUAACCGAUAGAACUGGAAAUCGUUAUCAUGUCUAUUUCUCAGCUGAUCUAUACGAUAAUGAUUAUAUACUUAACCGAUUAAGAGAGAUUGGAAUAGGAGUUAAAAAGGAAACCUCAUUGGGCUACAUACCUUUUGGAUUAUUCUGGUCAACCGAAGAUGAUCUAGUUGAUUCCGAUAUAACCGAUUUAACCAAGUAUGGACUCAACAAGGAGGAGAAUCGUUUCAAGAAAGCCCAGAAAGAUUUUCUUAAAUCAGUUACAUCCCGAUUGACCGUUGCUCAGGUAGUUGAAGGUGUCCGAUCAGGAGCCUCGUUGACUUUUGAUUUUUUGGCUUACACAACGUUUGCUGGUUUUAUUGCUGCCGCUGGUUUACUUAAUAACAGUGCGGUUGAUAUCGCUGCUGCCAUGAUGAUUGAACCCAUUAUGGCAACGGUAAUGGCCAUUUGUUUUGGUUUAAUUAUUCAUGAUCGAGGUUUAGCUAAACUUGGUGCAAUUAAUUUGGUUAUUGUUCUUAUCAUUUGUGUUGUGAUUGGUUUCCUAUAUGGAAUAAUAUUUAUGACCUGGUCAACACAGUGGGAUCCUCCUCCUGAAGGUGUAUGGCCUACGCCUGAGAUGGAGGUGAGGGGAACAUGGAGAGCUUUGAUUUAUGGACUUUUACAGGCCAUGGGUGCUGGUGGAGCAGUUGCAAUCACCUUAUUGAAUGAUGCCCAGUGUCCAUUAGUUGGUGUUGCUGUUGCUUCAACUUUCCUUCCGCCUCAUAUCAAUACGGGACUAUUAUGGGCUUAUGCUUGUCAUCUACAAUGGAGAGGAUUAGGUCAAGAUUAUAUUACUUAUAAUACAACCUCUGGUCACUCAAUCAUCUCUAAACCUGCAUGGAGACCACAAGAAAAAUAUAAUGUCCAUUAUUAUGAGGAUAUGAGAUAUGAAAGUAUCGCUUUGGGUGGAGUCUCCCUACUCUUGACCUAUGUCAACGUAAUCGGAAUGAUAUUUGUUGCUUACAUUAUGUUAUGGCUUAAACAAGUUGUUCCAAUGGGUAAAAUGGACUCGAAUAAGAGAUUCUUCAAGGAAGAUAUCAAAGUUGCUCGUUAUUUCAAUCGCAAGUCAAUGGCAGUUACAGCUGAUGAUAUGAUGGGUAAACGUAUUCUUGAAGAAUGGGCGAAUAUUGCAGGUCUUGAUCCUAAUCAACUGUUAAGCCAAAAACCUGAGGCUCGAGUGACACAAUUACAAACACUCAAAGAUUUGAUCAGUGAUGUUGAAAAUGAUGACAUUUAUCAAAGUGUAACCAAAGGAGAUGGAAGGCCUGAGCAAGGAUCUCAUCUACUUCGUCGGCUCACCCAGGCCACGAUCCAUGGAUCAAGAAGAUCAAGUAUUUCCCAAGGAGCCGUUAAUCCAGCUUUCAAAGGUGACUCAGAAUUAGGAUUACCCACCAAAAGUAAACGCGGGUACACAAUCAACUCUAGUCGACGAAAUAGCUCAAAAUGGCAGAGUGAUAAUAAUAAUGAAACAAUUAACAGCGACUCUUCAUUUAAUCGAGGAUUAAGACCCGUUGAAAUGGAACCUCAUGGAAGAAGAAAAAGUUCUGUAGCCUUAAGGAGGCAACUUCAAGAAACUGAUCAUUCGCCUUUCUCAAUUUGGCCUGGAAGCUCAGCGGGAGCGGGUCGAUCUAAUGGUCGAUUUGAAGUGAGAGAAGUUCGUCGAAGGCUGAGUAGUCUUAAUCUACCAACAAUCAAUGAUCCAUUGGAGGUUCAUCGGGAAUCAAUUACAGCAACACAACUUAUCUUACCUUCAUCUAAAAUGUGACCAAUUUAUGGCAUAAUUUAUGUAAUUUAAUCAAUUAAUUGCAAUUGACAUUCAUCUUCUAAAAAGAGACAAAAUUAAUUUAACAAUUAAAAUUGUCUCCAAGUAAUAUAUCAA